GAAUCACAGAAGAAGCAGAGCCAGGCGCAUGCGCGCUGCUUGUUGUUGUUGUCAGGUUUGUCACGUGGUGAGAGAAACGUCUUUAAUUGAUCUUAAUUAAACUUUAAUAUGAAUGAAUGUGUGUGUGUGUGAGUCUGUGAGAUGGAGGCAGAGUGUGAGCAGCUCCAUGGAGGAGGAGGAGGAGGUGGAGGUGAGGAGGAGGCAGCAGGUGGAGCCAUGCUGUGGUCCCUGCAGGAGGCCCUGCAGAGACAGACCCUGCAGAUCGGAGUCUCGGCCUGCGGAGCCACGGCGGUGCUGGACGUGCUGAAGGUUCUCGGCGUGGACGUGGAGCCCGAGGAGGCCGACCGCUGCGUGCAGACCCGCCUGAGGAGGAACGAGUCCCCGCUGCCGGACUACCUGCUGUCCCGGAGCGAGGCCGGUGCGACCCACGCCCAGCUCAUCCGAGGAGCCGAGGAUGCCAGCGAUGGGAAGGUAACGGGUCGCUUCUUCCACCUCCACCCGCGCCGCCUCGUCAGACUCUCCUCCUGGCUCGCCCGGUGGAUCCGAGCCGGCGCCGUUCCCGUGGCGACCAUGAACAUGCAGCUGGCCGUGCCGGAUGGAGAGGAGGUGCCCGACGCCUGGCACCACCAGCUCGUCUUCGGGGUCGUGCCCAACGCCGUCUUCAUGACCAAUCCUUUGGAUGUAGUGAACGAGGACGAGUUACAUCAGAGGCUCUGCAGUGAGUCGGUGUUGCUGAUUCGUCGGGAAGACGUCCUGCCGAGACUCACACCAGACUGCUGCCUGUCCGGCCUGUCCGAGCCGCGGUGGACAGCCCUGGACGUCGAGGGUGAAGCAGAUGCUCCUCGAGGACGAACAGGACGGAGUCAAGUCGACACACAUCAAGAUCCCGGCGGCGUACAGCUCGGGCGUCACGCUCUUCGCCCGGCGAGAGUCAGAGCUGUGGCGAGAACUCCUCGACGCUCCUGAACUCCCUUUGUUGUGACUGGACCCGACGCUCCUGAACUCCAGACUUAUUUAUUAUCGAUCAGCCGGACUCAUCUGUGACUGAGUCAGCACAAACAUUCACAGAGAACAGAUCAGGUGUUUACUGUGAAAUAAAGUUUUAAACGCUGCAUUGACCGAGGGAACCGCUGUCUCCCUCCGGACUCUUAACUUGAAUUUAAGAAAUCCCAUCGGGGUCGCCUGUUUGGACACUUCCAGUUUAACUUUGGGCUCGACUUUCAGAACAUAUUGAUUUCUCUCAGUCGAUGGCAGAGCUCCAGCUUCAUAUUUCUGAACUCGUCUGGUCGCUCCCCAGGUCGCGUGAAGUCACUGCAGGGUAAAAAAUAAAAGUAAUAAUCAAUCGAA